UUUCCUUGUUUUCAGAAACAAGACACUGGACAGAUUUUGUUGGAUAUGACCUAUAACCAGUUGGGUGUGACAGAAAAGGAAUACUUUGGUUUACAGCAAAAUGAAACUUCAGUAGAUUCACCUCGAUGGCUUGAACCAAACAAACCUAUUAGAAAACAGUUAAAAGGAGGCUUUCCCUGCACCCUUCGUUUUCGUGUAAGGUUUUUUAUACCUGAUCCUAACACACUUCAGCAAGAACAAACCAGGCACUUAUUCUUCCUGCAGUUGAAGACUGAUAUUGUGGAAGGAAGGUUGUCAUGCCCCAUUAGUUCUGCUGUCGUUCUGGCAUCGUAUGCAGUACAAUCACAACUUGGAGACUAUAAGGCUUCAGUACAUCAUUCAGGGUAUCUGUCAAAUUACAACUUUAUACCAGAGCAGAACAAAGAUUUUCUUACCAAAGUAGAAUCGCUACAUGAGCAACACAGUGGCCUCAAGCAAUCUGAAGCAGAGUCCUGCUACAUAAAUAUAGCACGAACACUUGAAUUCUAUGGAGUGGAAUUGCACAGUGGUAGAGAUCUUCAUAAUCUAGAUCUCAUGAUUGGGAUUGCAUCCGGUGGAAUUGCAGUAUAUAGAAAACUCAUCUGCACAAGCUUCUAUCCCUGGGUGAACAUAUUAAAAAUUUCCUUUAAAAGGAAAAAGUUUUUUAUACAACAACGGCAAAAACAUAAUGAAUCCAGAGAGCAUAUUGUUGCCUUCAACAUGUUAAAUUACAGAGCAUGCAAAAAUCUAUGGAAAUCUUGUGUAGAGCAUCACACAUUUUUUCAGGCAAAGAAGUCACUACCUCAUGAAAAAAAGAUAUUGUCACAUUAUUGGACCCUGGGUUCUAGAAAUCCAGCAAAGUCUGUAAACAGCCAGUACUGCAGAAAAGUUAUAGGUGGGAUGGUUUGGAACCCAUCUAUGAGACGAUCUUUGUCUGUUGAGCAUCUGGAGACCAAAAGCCUUCCAUCUCGAUCACCUCCUGUUACCCCUAAUUGGCGGAGUCCUAGACUACGUCAUGAAAUUCGUAAACCACGACACUCAUCUGUAGAUAACCUUACAAACGAAAUUAGUUAUAUUACUGAAACGGAGGACGUUUUUUAUACAUAUAAGGGCUCUCCAACGUCAAAGGACAGUGAUUCGGAGUUCUCUCAAAACCGUAGUCCACAGAGGAGGUCAUCUGAACACGAAUCACCAAAGGAUGUAUUGGGAAACAGUCCAACACGGAGUUCUCUGACCUGUACCUCACCUAAAGCCUUGGCUCUAUCUCCAAAUGGAGUUGGUAACAUUUCUGGCUCUUACCCGUUGGAAGGGGUCCAUAAACAGUUCUUAGAAACGUAUGACAACGUUACAAAAAGUAGCUCGACAGAAGAUUCCAGUCAAUACUACUGCGAUAAGAAUGACCUAAUUGAGGGAGAUUUACUUUUGGUGCAUAUCAUACCAGAUGAAGAUGGGAAGUUUGGAUUUAAUCUAAAGGGUGGUGUAGAUCAAAAAAUGCCAUUAGUGGUAUCAAGAAUAACUCCAGGAUCACCU